CUUUGUCGGCAAUAUAGGGUAAAUUUAACUGCAAAGCUACCUAGAAACUUUGCACCAAAUCCCAGGAUGGAGCAGAAAGUAUGUUGCUGCUGUCCAUGCAGAAUUCUGGGUCAAUAUAGUUAGUGUUCACAUUGGCACCAGAUUUCAUCUCUGGGAGCAAACUAUUGUUUCAUUGGCAUUCAGCCUAACUUUUCAGAACAGAAGGAGCUUUGGUUCAUGAAAUGUGAGUUUUGCUUGUGGAAGCCCCCCCCCCCCCGGCCCGGUGAGUAGAACAAAAAGUUGGGAUCCAAGCCACUGAUUCCUAAAAAUAGGAAGGCGUAUUUAAAAACAAUAUGUAAGGGUAACAGUUUCCAGGAGCCCUUACAGCUGUCUCUUUCUGAUGAGGAACAGCUGCUUGGAGUCUUUUCUCCCUAAGUUUCAACUGCCCAGGAAGUAUUUAUUAUAUUUUGAAGACACAGAAGACAUAUAGUGUGCGCGCACACAUACACACAUUGUGAUUUGCGAUAUAUCACCAUGCUGAAUAUUAUGAAAUCAUUACCACGAUGUGGACUUCAAACUAAUUUUGGACAAUGUAUCCAUACAUUGCCCAGCCCUGGCCUACAUCUCAAUAAAAGUUUAUUUAUUAAAAAAAGAAGCUCAUGAAUUUGAAUGGGUAACCAGUAAGAAAAGGUGUUUAAGCCAAAUUGACAUUGGUUCAACUGUUGCUGCUUGGGUUAUUGUAGCUACAAACUGAUGCGCUUUAAAAGCCAUUUCUUUUUUGCAGUCUAGAAUCCUAAUCCUUUUUUCUGCAUCUUUUCCAACUGCAGUAUCCUCUCUGAGGUUUGGCAACCAGAACAGUACACAGUAUUUGUAUAACGGCAUGGUGAUUGUGGCAUUUUUAUUUUCAAUCCCUUUCCUAGUGAUUCCUAGCAAGGAAUUUGCCUUUUUCACAGCUGCCGCACACUGGGUCGACAUCUUUAUUGAUCUAUCCAUUCCUGGUCAGUCACCACCAGUUCAGAACCCAUGCGUGUGUAUGUCAGAUUAAUUCAUGGUUUGCUAUCUUCUUUGCUGUGUGACUGUGUUUCUACAUACAUACAGGUGCACUUUUAGAAUAGUGCUCUGCAGACAGCAGCAAGAGAUUACGAACAAUUACAGUGGUACCUCAGGUUACAAACACCUCAGGUUACAAACACUUCAGGUUACAGACUCCGCUAACCCGGAAGUAGUACCUCAGGUAAAGAACUUUACCUCAGGAUGAGAACAGAAAUCGUGUGCCGGUGGCGGAGCAGCAGGAGGAGGCCCCAUUAGCUAAAGUGGUACCUCAGGUUAAGAACUGUUUCAGGUUAAGAACAAACCUCCAGAACAAACAACGUUCAUAACCAGAGGUACCACUGUACGAAGCUUAGCCCAGUCCAAUCUUUGUUUUCUUAGAAGCAAGUCUUUUGCUUUAGUAGGGCCUGGUUCCACUGCAACCUCAAUGCUGCUUAAUUGUUUCUAGAGAUUUUUUUUACACCUUCAUGAAAAGAAUUUAAUAUUACUCCUUCCAUCAGAUUAGCAGUUUCUCUCUCAUCAGCUCAUGGUUGGAAAACUGGUUGAAUCUGGUGUUACGGUUGUAGAGGCUGCCUCUUCAUUAUCCUCUACCCAAGAAGAAAGUGAGCCAAGAUUUCAAAGCAGUCGAGUCCUACCUCAGAAUACAAGAGUGUUGCAUGGACCAGACUUGUGUAACUAUCUGGCUACACCCACACACCUCUACACACAAUGGGGGUCCACAAAAGAAAAGAGAGAAACUCAACAGCCAGGGCAGAAAGAGAGGAGAAAAGAGGGUCGAGUUGGGUUUUGCAAUGAGUAGUGGAUUUCAGGAAUGGAGAGGAAAGAAAACAGAAAUUUGGGAUCAGCCAGGAAGAACAAGAGAGGAAAGAUUAUUGCUGACAGGAAAAUCAACACUCUGCUUCAGCUUGUGGGGUAGGGAAGGGGAGGAAGGGAUAUGGCACAGCAAGAGAUGGGAAGAAAGGAUGGGAACCAAGCUGAGGACUGCUUCAAUGAUCCAGUAACCACCAUGGGAAGGCAGGGAGGACAGGCACAUCAAGGAGCCUUAGCAAGUAGCACUAGGAGAUAAAUUGGGCUGAGCAGAGAAUGCUGCUCUUAACAGGAUUCUUCUUGUCAUGCUGCCUGCCCUAAUCGUUUAGCAAUGAGCCAUGUGCAGAUGCCAGUGCUAUGGUGCAGUGAAGGAAGGAUGAUUGGUGAAGGCAUGAUAGAGCCUGUUCACUAAGUCCUUAAAGCCGCAGCUUCCCAUUUUAAAUUUUGCAUCUUUGAUCUCCCGCUUGGAGGCAGAGCUGGAAAAAUUUAGGACUGGGAUCCCUGUGUGGGAGAAGGUUGAAGGAGAAAGCUCUUCUUAGUACCAGUUCUGAACCUAGGAAAAAAUAGGGUUUUAACUUGCAUGGUUAAGAGGAAGAGACUAUAGCGCUGAAAGUGCAUUUUUCUUCUUCUCUUUAUGUCUGUGGCAAAUGGGAACUUGGGGAGAGGACAAAAAGGAGCAUUUCUGAGUGUGACAUACCAUGGCAUUGCAGGAAAUAUUGGGUCAAGUGGUGUCAUUUUUGGACAGGGACAUUUAUUUGCAGGAGGCUCUGAUCCAAUCUCAGAUUUGUUGUGUUGAGUAAAUCACUUGUCUUAAUCUAGUCCAGCACUCUGUUUUCCACACUGGCAAUCCAAAUAUCUUUGCAAAGCUUAAGUGAAGGUGAAUGCAUUUAAUCUUCUUCAUAUUUUAUGGCCUUAGUAAAUUCAAACAAGUAGUGUUUUGUCCAUGAUAUCUGGUAUUCAGAGAGAUGCAGUUGAAGACAGUGUUUCCUUGUAGCUAUGACACCUGUAAGAAACCCUUUCAUGGAGUGUGUGGAGUGGAGCAGGCAGUAGCAGCUUUGUUGGAAUGUGGGAGAAGCUGGAAAAGUCGGCCAAAACUGUGGCUUUGGAGGCUGCAGUAUUCCAUGUAGGGAAAGGGUUAAUAGGAAAACCACACAGAUUUGCCCCAAAAAUGUGCUAGUUUGUAUUAAUAUAAACACAUUUAGAAAGAAUUGCUGUAAUUUAAAUAGAAAUACAAUGCAUCUCACUAUAGCUGGGCAACUGACACAGUAACUUGCUCACAAUUAAAUUGUGCAAUUAUUUUUAGUGUUUCAAUUAUGAGUUUUGAUCAUGUUGACCAUCUUUGAGAUGGUUAUCUUUGAUAGAAAGGGUAGGAAGAUGAGAUGCAUGUGCCUAAAAUGCAUGCAUGCAUGAAUGAAUAAAACGCAACAUAACUAUUGGGUUUUCUAAGUUGACGGGUUAUCUUUUGCAAAUCAUUGAUUAUCCAGGUAACAAUUUCUCUUGUUCUGCUUAUUUUAAUCAAAAGUAAAAUCACAGGAAAGCAUAUAGCAGGGACAAAUAGACACAGCAACUGCUGAAACUAAAUGCUUCCUAAAAGCAAACAGGGAGGUAUUUAAUAGGCACUUAAUAGCUUAACAUAGGUGCCUGUUGAAAGAAGUUGGAUUGUUCAAAUUUUUGGCUGCCACCAAAAAAAUGCUCAAUUUUUAUGGCACAUACACCUUAUCUCCAGAGGUGGGGACUGCAACCUCUGCAACAAGGAAUCUAAAUAUAGAGGUUGCUUCAUCUAGGUGUAGGUGGUCUUUAAGAUGCUCCAGACUCAAUCUGUUCAUGACAUUGUAGGUCAAAAACAACACUUUGAUUUGUGCUUAAGUAGCAGCCAUAUUCCAUACUAAUUGAAGGUUUCACCCUUCAAAGAUAGCCCCAUGUGUAAUGUAAACAACAAGUCUACAUUUCCUCCCUGUUUCUAAUAAGGUUAUAUUGCAUUAUACAAUAUACGGCAAGGAUACAUUCUUAAAAAAAAAUAGCUUUAUUGAGAACAGAGAGACAUAAAAUGGGGGAAGGUCGUAAUAAAAGGUAUGCUCACAUCUAUCAAAAGGGUCAUAUCUAGACAAUUUUUGAGAUAUAAAUUUAUUUGAGAUACAAAUGCAGGAACAUUAUUUUAAUCUUCAGUUAAAAACCCAUACCCACUCCCAUACAAAAUUAGUUGAGGAUGGAUUGGUUCAUAGUAUUUUCCCCUCAACCCAUUUUAGCAGUAAAAUGUUAUUGGCUUAUUGUAAGAAGCAAGUUGUACUUUUCAAAAAGCAUUUGUUGCAGUUUAGCAUAUGUGCGGCUUACGUUUCCAAUAGGUUUGCCGUGGGUGUUGCAACUUCUUGUUUGUUAGGGUCAGAGAAAUUCCACCAAAGACUUAAAAUCAAGGACUGACCGUCCUAGAUGAGAAAGAACAUUAGAUGUCUUUACCAUACUCAAAGGGAUUUUACCAGAUGUGUGCAGCAUUCUUUGGAGUGUUCCUAAUAAGGAAACUUUGCACAGUUACAGUGCAGUUCUGCAUUUGAAGAGCCAUGUGGAAGAGGAUUUUCUUUGGACGGAAGGGAAAGAUAACCACUCCUUGCACCGCUUCAAAACAACCUUAUGGAAUAAGAAGCAGUUAUAGAUUGUUUUUUCCCCAACAUGCAGACUUAUCUAGAAUUUGGCAAUGCUAAACUUGUUGAACUUACUUGGAAUUCCAGUUAAGAGAUUAAUUUUCAUUUCUUUUGAUUCUUAAGAUUUAUGAUGGUAGAAACCUGUGGCAACUAAAGUGAUUAUAGGAGUUACAGUUUGGGCUGCCUCUAAGAUACCUGAUAUAUACACAUCUCCAGGAAAAAAUUGUGCCUUUCUUCGAAUAAGAGUUCUACAAUGGAUUAAUCUUCAUCAAGUUUGGUUUCAUGAAGUUAACAAAGGACUGUGGAAAAGCAGAUUUGGGUUGAUGGGGUGACUUCACUUGGAACAGCAUGUCAGGGCGCAGUGUUCGGCUGAAGUCUGUUCCUGUUCAAAGUCUUUCGGAAUUGGAGCGUGCCCGGUUACAGGAAGUGGCCUUUUAUCAGUUGCAGCAGGACUGUGACCUAGGAUGUCAGAUAACGAUUCCCAAAGAUGGACAGAAGAGGAAGAAAUCAUUACGAAAGAAACUGGAUUCCCUUGGAAAGGAAAAAAACAAAGAUAAAGGUACAGUAAAACAAUUCGUACCCCAGGCUUUUGGAAUGCCUUUAUCACAAGUGAUCGCUAAUGAUCGGGCCUACAAAUUGAAACAAGAUACUCAUAGGGAAGAGCAGAGGGAUGUUUCAGAAUUUGUACCUUCCCUUUUACCAUUUGGGAGUAAAAGACAGAACAAAGAACUCUCAAGCAGUAACUCAUCUCUUAGCUCCACCUCGGAAACACCAAACGAAUCUACUUCUCCUAACACACCAGAACCAGCUCCACGAGCAAGGAGGAGAGGUGCAAUGUCUGUGGACUCCAUUACGGAUCUUGAUGACAGUCAAUCUCGACUGCUAGAAGCCCUACAGCUGUCAUUGCCUGCUGAAGCACAGAGCAAAAAAGAAAAGUCCAGGGACAAGAAACUAAGCCUCAAUCCUAUUUACAGGCAGGUUCCUCGAGUUGUGGACAGCUGCUGCCAGCAUUUAGAAAAACAUGGCCUUCAGACAGUGGGCAUAUUCCGAGUUGGUAGCUCAAAAAAGAGAGUAAGACAGUUACGCGAAGAGUUUGACCGUGGUGUGGAUGUAAUGUUGGAUGAAGAACACAGCAUUCAUGAUGUGGCUGCUUUAUUAAAGGAAUUUCUUCGUGACAUGCCUGAUCCACUCCUGACUAGGGAACUUUACACUCCUUUCAUCAAUACUCUCCUAUUAGAGCCCCAUGAACAACUAAGCACCCUGCAACUUCUUAUUUAUCUUCUACCUCCCUGCAACUGUGACACCUUACAUCGACUCCUCCAGUUCCUUGCGACUGUAGCUAGCCAUGCAGAAGACAGGAUAGACCAAGAUAGCCAGGAUAUUCCUGGCAACAAAAUGACAUCACUUAAUCUAGCCACUAUAUUUGGACCUAACCUGUUGCACAAACAGAAGACAACAGACAAAGAAUUUACUGUUCAAAGUACAGCACGAGCCGAGGAGAGUACUGCAAUCAUUGCUGUUGUACAAAAGAUGAUAGAAAACUAUGAAAUGCUUUUUAUGGUCCCUGCUGACCUUCAAAAUGAAGUUCUGAUUAGUCUACUUGAGACUGACCCAGAUGUUGUAGACUAUUUGCUGAGAAGGAAAGCUUCUCAGUCAUCAAUCCCUGAAAUGCUCCAGUCAGAAGGUUCAUUCUCCAUGGAAGGCAGACAUCCAUCCAUAGACUCAAAUAGAGCCUCGAGUGGUGACAUCUCGCCUUAUGACAACAACUCCCCGGUGCUCUCCGAAAGGUCUCUUUUGGCAAUGCAAGACGAUAUGGCCCUCACUUCCGAUUCAAAGUUAUUCAAAGUACCAGAACAAUGUACAGUGAUCAGCAGUUUGCACCCCAAAUCAAGAGAGAAUUCCCUUGGAUCGUGGUUUGGAAAAGAUGCUUCAGAAGACUAUUUCGACAUCUGGGGAACCUGGCAUUCAACACUGAAAAGUGGUUCCAAAGAUUUAGGAAUGACAGGGUCAUAUGGAGACAUCUACGAGAGCAACUCACUGCGGCCAGGGCACUGCUCUCUUUCUCAAGGGAACCUGUCUCUGUCUUCACCUCAGUGGCAGGGGAGCGCCACAGAAUUAGACAAUGGAAAGCAAAUUAUACGAAGGAGUCAGACAACGACUGCCCUUCUGGAAUGCCGCCCUCAUCCUCCCCUUUCUCGGAUUUGCAGCACCCCGCAAAUGGAAGUUGGCCGGAGGAAUUCCAGCCAGUCUGAUUCGGAGCAGCAUUUUCCUACGAGUAACGUACAGCACCUCGCGGAGCGUGACUCAGAUGCCGCUUGUUUGCACAACGUAAUAAACCCGUUGUACCCGAGGCAGGGCGAAGCACUUCGGAAAGAUAGGCCUCCGCCGCCACCUUAUCCUGACAAGGCAAAGCAGAGUUCUUCCUCGUGCCUUCAGCCAAUGGUCUCUCCAACAGAACAUCCGCUGUGGAGGCCCCAGAGGGCAGAAUCCCGAUCCAGGGCCACGGGAGCAAGAAUAAUGCCGCAAGUGCCUGAACAGUCUACCCUGUUUGAGGAGCAGCAGGACAAAACGGAGAGAGAGUGCUCCGCCACAGACAGUGAGCAGAACAGUAAAAAUUUGUCAGAACCAGAUUGGCAUGACUGGCAAAGGGAUCGGUGGCAGAUCUGGGAGAUUUUAUCGCCUGAUAAUCCAGAUGCUCUUCCUGAAACAUUAGUAUGAGUAGAAACCAGCACUUGCCAUGCUUUUUUUUCCAGCUGAAGAAGUAAAGGUAAUGGUGGACUGGAUUCUAGCUUUUAUAGCAAAACAAAUGUCAUUUAAUUUAAAAAGAACAAGAACAACAACUAUGUUCACUUUAUAAAAUAAUUUUAAUAGCAUUGUGAAAAAAGAAUGGUUUUGCAAUCAUCAAAGGAAGGGAAAAUGACAUGACAAUUCCAGACCUAACCACUCUGUAAAAUAUAAGCUGUGUGUACAUUAAAAACUACAGCCUUGGUGUUGCUAAGAUGUAUUUAUGUAUCUGCCAUUCAGAUGAUUGUAUAUUCUGCAAAAGUUUUUUGGGUUUUUUUUUGGUACGGUAGUGUGUUCAUAUGCAGAAAACAAGCAACCUUAACUGCUUUUUAAAAAGAAAAGAAAAAUAUUUUAAUCACUGCACUUAUAUUACCACAAGAUGCAUUGAGGCUCUCUUGAAGGUGCACAAGCUGGUUUCUGUGCUUUUAAUUUAGCCUGUCUGUGGGAGACAUAUAUUUUCACUGCCUACGAAAAACACUAAUGUGGGAUGAAACAGUUAAAAAGCCAUAUAUUUUAUAGUGAGCAAGUUAGAGAGUAAGCGUAUGUACCAUGUUAUUUGCUUUCAAGCAAAAGAAUCAAAAAUUUGAUGCAAUAUGGUAAAGAUAUAUAUUUAGACUCUUAUUAGAAGGCAAUUUAGUUAACCCUUCAGAUGCAAGGCCGUGCCUACACCAAACAAAGGGAACUCAAAUUCCUGCCUCCCAUUCCAGAUAAACUGCAAUUUUAUAUACACAGUAUAUAAUAUAUAUUUAUAAAUAUUAUGGUUUUAAAGUAAACUGGAAUCCAAAUUUAAUAAUUGAAGUACUACUUUUCCUUUUAAAAAAAAGUUUUCCAAAGUAUUAUGGAAAAAUCCUUGCAUACCUUAAGGGACAAGUAUUUACUGAAUCCCAUAUAUAGAUUCCAGACUAAGUAUGACCUUUUUACAGGCAGAUUGUGCCAAAAAUGCAAUGUCAUAUUUGUUAAAUGUUGAUGUUCCUGCAAAUAAUAGCUAAACGGCAAGAAUGUUUAGGGCCAGCAGGUGGCAAUACGUUGCCAUUUUUAAAGGCUUCCCCCCGUUUUAACAAGGGAAACAUCUGCCCAUGGCAUUCUUAUAAAUAUGAUUGUCUUUAAGUUAUAUCUUGUGCCAAAAGGAUGGAAUAAAAGCCUACCAAAAAUAUGUUUCCAUUUGUUGGGUUUGAAAUAAUGGUGUCAACACACUUGAGAAGGUAUACCACAGUACAGUGUGUGCAAAUAUAUUAUUUGUUUUGCUACCAUAUGAGACCAAACCUUUUAAGGCAAACUGUAAGCAAGGGUGAUUUUUGAAGUUCUCUCAUUCUGUGGUAUCUGGUAUGGUUUACCGAUGCAUUAGGAAUACUCAAUUAUUCCUAAUUCCUAAUACUCAAUUAUUCCUAACAAACAAACAAAUUUGCAGGUUUUGUCCAGAGUAUUGCAUAUGUGAAGUUAGUCGCACCCCCCUUUCUUUCUUUGGUUAAGUUCACUUUGUCUUCUCCUUUGCCAGUGUAUCCAUGCAAAUUUGUAAAUCAAGAGAGGACCGCAUGCGUGAUGGCAUUUAGAUUCUUUUCCUGAUGCCUUUAUCUAAUUUGCAAGAUCAUUGGGCUAAAAACUGCAACCAACAAGCUGGACGUGAUUGUACAUACAGCUGUAUUAAGAUUCUCCUUGUGUGCAUUUCUGAAAGACUACACGAAAAGGAUAUUGAUGUAUUCAUACAUAUUGUCAUAUUUUUUUCUAGUAUAUUAUCAAUGCGUAUCAUUAACGUAGGGGAGAGUUGCAAACAAACUGAAAGGUGCAACACACUGGCAAUACCCCAACUCUGAAAAUUAAUUUUAGAAAUUCUGAUUAAAAGCAGUAUCAUAGAGUGGUGGGAUUCAGGGGAAUGCACAAGAAUUGUCGUAAAGCAAUGAAAUUGUGAAAGUCCAUUUAUCUAUACAAUAAUUUUGAUCCUGCCUGUAAAAAUUAAAUAAUCAUGGGGUCCGGGGGGAGGGGGAGGCUUAUCACCAAAUAUAGCUAAAAAGACAUUCAUCUGAAAACAGAGCAUUUAGACCCUCCUGCUUUCAUUACUGGGUGGGGUGAGGAGCCUUGGGACGGGUGGGUCUUUGCUCUACCAGAGUCGGGGUGCAUGGAGCUACACAACAGUACCUUCAAGUUUGUUAUUCUCAUUUGGGAAAAUAUCAACAGUCAAUUUCCUAAGGUUAUAAAACCAAGAAGAAGGGAUUGUGAGGUCCGGAAAACAUUUUGUCAUGCAGAAAAUAAUGUAUGUGUGCAGUGAUUUUAUAGGUUGGCUUCGUGAAGCAAAAACACAAUGUUCACUUAAUAAGAGUGGGGAAGGUAGCAAUCGGGAAAAGGCAUUUCAGAAAUGGACAAGAUGCUGCAGGAGUUCCUGCCAUUCUUAGAAAGAAAGAAAGAAAGAAAGAAAGAAAGAAAGAAAGAAAGAAAGAAAGAAAGAAAGAAAGAAAGAAAGAAAGAAGUGCAGACUAAGUGUUCCACUAAGAAUGAUUUUUCCGAAGAACUCAGCCUUUCCAAAUAGCUGAAUAAAUAACUGCAGCACCUCUGAAGUCUUAACUGCAUGGACCUUAGUAAUCCAGAACAGGGACCUCUCCUCUGAGAACUUCUGCUAUAUAUCCCCUGGCUGGCUGUUCACAUCUACUUGAGUUCAUGUCAAGAGCACUGUGUGUCAUGCAGAGGUUGGAAGCUUCAUUAAAAAGAAAGAAAGAACUAUUCUGGUUCAAGCUGUCCAAAAAGAAACUCAAUUCCAGUUCACGUCCUUCCCUUUACAAAUUCAACUAGUUUAGUUCAGUUCAAGUUGAUCCAAAUGAUCCCUUGGCAAAAAUAAGAAAAGAAAAGAAAUCAUUCAGAAUGUUACAAGCUGCUGUGCUGAAGUAGAAAAUGACUAAUAAACUUCAAUACAUAUAACACACACAGAGAGAAAUCUGACUAGUUUAAUUUGUUUUCCCCAACAAUUAUGAUAUUUAAUCUUAAAGGCCCAAAGAAUCUAAAGAGUUUUUUUAAAAAAGUAUGUCAGAGAAUGAACUUGAAGAUAGACUAGAAACAGUCCAAAGUUUUGCCUAAACUAAAAGCAACCUUAGUAUACAUUCAGUUCACCCAGCAAUUAUGGAAACUACUUUCAGGUGUGGGGCACUAGCUGCACUGUGCAUUUAAAGGAGUAUUAUACCAAUUUAACAAUUUUCAGAAUGGUUUAGCAAUCAAUCUCUCUUCCCAGGGAACUCUGGGAAUUGUAGCUCUGUGAGGGAAAUAUAGGGGUCUUGGAACAGCUCUCAGCAUCCUUAAACAAACUACAGUUCCCAUGAAUCUUUGGGGGAAUCCAUGGCUAUUUAAAGUGUUUUUAAAUGUGUAGUGUGGAUGGGGUCAGGUUCAGAGAUUUUUGUGGUGAAUGUUGUUGACUUGAACUGGUUCAUUCUGAGCACAGGUAUGUGGUAUUACUUGAUUAAGUUACUAUUUUUUAUUCCCCCCCCCAAAAAAAAACCACCCCAUUCUUCCAGGAUAGAGAUCUGGCUGAAUCAAGAGCCAUCAUCAGUUUAGGGUGUAUGAAUUAGAUUUGAAAUAGCCAUGAUUAUGUGUACUGUGAAUGUACCAGGUAAACUCACCUUUAGUACUACUGUGCCUGAUGAUAGUCUUCCAAAGCAACUAUUAUAUUCUGAACUUAAAAAUGGAAAGUGUAAUGCUGGUGGUCAACAAAAGAGGUUUAAAGACUGUCUCAAGGCAAAUCUAAAAAAUGUAGUAUAAACACUGACAACUGGGAAUCACUGGCCUGCGAGCGCUCCAGUUUACCAAAGGUGUCAUGGGCUUUGAAGGCACUCGAACUCAGAACGCAAGGGAGAAAUGUGCUAAGAGGAAGGCACGCUUGGCAAAUCCACACCAUGAUCAACUCCCGCCCAGAAACCAAUGUCCCCAUUGUGGAAGGACAUGUGGGUCCAGAAUUGGCCUCCACAGUCACUUACGGACUCAUUGUUAAAAUCGUGUUUAUAGAAGACAAUCUUACUCGGCUACAAGAGAUCGCCAAAGAAUACUUUGGGUAACAGAAACUUCAGUUGUUAGUGUUUGCCUAGAUCAAGUAGUCAACAAGCUUGCUGAAGAUAAAUACUGUGAAAUGUUCAUUAUUUGAGGACAACUUUUAUUAUAAACUGCUCACUGGGUACAAUAAAUGCACUUUUAAAGUAUGUAUUUUGUAUGUGUGUUGUAUGAAAAAUCAAAACUAAUACAUGAAAUUGCAUUAACAGGACUAAACACAUUGUCUUCAACUUUGUCUUUUCCCCCCUCAAUGAGUCUCAGCUGUACUUAGGUCUCAAAAGAAGAAUAUUAACCUCUCUCAAUGAAUGGUGGAUCUGCUUGCUGUUUGUAAAUGGGUGGCCAAUAAUGUAGUUUGAAGCUUGUUGGCUGUAUUGAUUUAGUCCUCUCAUUCUGCAUGGAUACAAAGGACUGUGGAAAGUUGCACACAGAUCAGUCAAGAUGUGUGGCCAUGAAUAGCCUUGUGUUAGACCAGAGGUUACAUUCGCAACUUCACCGGAACUUAAAAUAAAUUUGUGCCAUUUGUACAUUUAAUGCUCUUGUCUGUUAUUCUCCUUCCAGGGACUUGUUAUUGUGAUGGCAAAGCCACGUCUAAGUUUUGUUUUGUUUUGUUUUUUGCCAGCGCAUGAAAUUCUAGGAGUUUCACAGUGUUUGUCAUACAUUUAUUUUAAAAUCAACUGGAAAUGAGUACUCUCUCAGCUCUGCUCUGAAAUACUGUGAGAAACUGUUGAGUCCACAGAAUAUUUGUCAUGUAGCCAAGGAUCUCAUCUACUGAAUACCUUGUGGUUGGCUAUAAUCGGAAAUGACAUUUUUUGAAGGAAGUGUUGUUGGAACUAAAGCAUUCUGUUUGAAGUAUGUUCACUUGCACUAUUGCCAGAGAGAUUCAAAUAUGGCCACUAGGAGGCUGUCUUACCUCACAAUACGCUAGAUGUGUUUCUGUGUUCCAAGCCACAGAUAAAUAAAUGUGUAGACAAGAAUGAUCACAUCUUAUGAAAACUAACAGACUGGGUGAAUCUAUAUGGCCUCAUAGAAAAGCCAUGGACAUAUAUUCAAGAUUGGCCACUGAUUUAAAUAACCUAGGUUGAUUACCUCUUAAUUCACUUAAGAGUUUUCAGACCUUCAUUAAUACCAGUAAUUUUGAAUAUGAGUUCUGUGUUACGGGGCUGAAGAGAAAGAAGCUAUUCAAGCUGCUAACAGUGGGCAUUUAGGGACUAUAUUCAGAAAAUGAACAGUGGAAAUUCUAUUUAGUUAUAGAAGGAGUUGUUGGCAUCCGUCUGUGUCGGGAGACAGUGGAGACAGUGUGGCUUUGGGUGUGAAGUCAAACUAGGAAGACCAAUACAGGAGAGACAUGUUUUGUUGCAGCUGGGGCAGAUGAAGGCGUCUGGUUGCACCAUGGCGUUUCUCCUCCCAGUGGUUAUUCCUCCUCUGGUCACACGACUUGACUGUCUGUCUCCAGGCACUCCAGUCAUCUGCAAGGGAUUCCCACAUGACGGGGUUGUCAUGUUUGAAGGCAUCUUUUUAAAUGGGGUAGAGUGUCUUCUUUUAAUAAGGCACGGACCCUGUCCCCAGGCUUCACAUUUCAAAGGGCAUAAGAGAGAUGGAGGGGACAGGCAGAUGUGAUAGGAUUGUUCUGAAAAUAGCUACCAGGACAAGAGGUGCAUUGUAAACAGACAUUUAUGUGCAGUGUUACCUCGGGUUACAAACACUUCGUGUUACAGGCUCCGCUAACCCAGAAGUAGUACCUCGGGUUAAGAAGUUUACCUCAGGAUGAGAACAGAAAUCGCACGGCAGCAGUGGGAGGCCCAAUUAGCUAAAGUGGUACCUCAGGUUAAGAACGGUUUCAGGUUAAGAAUGGACCUCCGGAACGAAUUAAGUUUGUAACCAGAGGUACCACUCUAUUUAUUAUGGCCAGGCUGAAUUCCCACUGGUCUUACUGGGAUGGAGUGGCCUUUGUGUCUUCCUUCCUCCCAUAUCUUGUACAACAGUCAUGUGGCAAUUGACAGUCAGAGCCCAGUGAUGCCUUCCCUCCCACUCCCCCUGUUUUUAUGUCAAGCCAUAGCAGAAUGCCAGAUUACCAUGAAACAUGUGUUCAACAACAAUUUGUUUUUUCAGUGUUCUACCUUCUGCCUGUUUUAUUUACAAAACUCAGCAGAUAAAUUUAAUUAACUUAAUUAAAUCAAUGCAAAAUCAUGGUGGACCCAAGCUGCAUUUGGUAAUACCUCAUAUGCUGCAAAAAUAGCUACUGCAAGUCAUGCUUUUUAAGGGAAAGGUGGGUGAGUGUAACAGGCACAUCAGGAAAAUUAGCUUCAGCUGUGCUCUCAGGCUACAGGGAAGCUAAGUCUCAUUUUUCUUAGCAGAUGAUUUAGGACUGUGCUGAUAGCUGUUUUUCGUCGGAUGGCCUCUUUAUUUACAGCUCCAAUCCAAAGCAUGUUUACCAGGAGGUAAAUUUUAUUUAACUUUAAUGACUGAAAUCAUGUAGGAUUGGGCAUAAAAUAAGAACAGUGGGGAAUAUCAGUAUCCCUUCCCCUUUUAUAGUCCUUUGUGUAUCCUCCAGAUAGUCUCUAAACUUUACUAAAGCUGAUUUUUGGGACACACGGAGGGGGAGGAAAUUUAUCCUGCUGGUGGAUGUACUCCAUUGGCUUUCACCCAGGUAUAAACGUUUUGCUAAAUUUGAUAAAACCUGAGCCAGUAGUAUGAAGCUAUUCCCGGUGUCUGUAAGCGUGAGCAAAGAGACUUCAGUGAGAUGGAACCCAGCAUCGCAGCAAGGUUUUUUUAAAGGCCUGAUGUUAUAUUCAAAAUGAAAAUGAUUUGCAGACAGUGUGUGCUUUUAAGAAUAUUUAUUUUUCUGCUACUCAGAGUAGUGAUGUUAGUCUGCUGCAGCAAAACAGUUUUGUGGCACCUGAACAAAGAGACUGGGAGUAUAAGACUAUCAGUGGCUAUCAGCCAUGAUGGCUUUACUCUUGUCUCCAUAGUCACAAGCCGUAUGCUCCUGAAUAGCAGUUUCUGGAAACUUUAGCAGGGGAGAAUUGCACUCAGCCCCUGGUGCUAUGUAGGGAGAGUAUCUGCAGGAACACAAACUUCUAAUUUUGAUUUGUGUGUCCUGCCUUGUGGAUAGGUUUUAUUGGCUUGGCAUCCUUAUGUUACUGGCAGGCACAGAAACCAAAUUGCUCUUUGAAAAUCUCAUGGAAGCAUAUGAUUCCCUUGUUUCCUUCCAAAGCAGGCUUGAUGCUGUGAAUCAAGAUAACUGAGCGAAUCCUCAAUUUAGUCAUGCAGGCAAAUUGAUUAUGGAAAUUGGAAGAGAAAUAGUAAACAGAAUUUGGUGUGACAAUAACACGUUGUGAUCCAAUGUCUCCAGAAUGCUUUUCUCCACAAAGAACAAUCCUUUAGCGGCCUCGUCUGUCAGUCACCUUGCCACUCAAAUGCUAUUCAUGCCUGGAGGCAAAAAAGUUCUUAAACUGCGGAACUGUUCUCUUCAAAUUACCUCAGCCAGAGAGCUAUAUAGAAUGGUUUGGUCUAUAGGGUUUUAAAAAACAAACAAACAUUGAUUUGGUUCCAGGGGGGUGUUGCAUUUUCAUAAAUGUGUCAUUUGUAAAGGAGCAUCCUAUAGUUUCUUCCUAUUGCCCUCCAUGACUUCUGGAUAAAUACAUAUUGAAACAAAAUUCAUAUAAGCUGUAUUUAUAAGUAUAUUAGAAAGCAUAUUUUCACUUAAUAUGCACUAUUUAUUUCAUAUCCUUUAUGUAAGGAGUGUUCUUAGCUUUUAUAUGAAAGGCUUCUUGCGAACUUAUGCUCCCUUUUAUUUUCAUUUAGAGUAGAACACAUGAUCUGCAUGCCUAGAACCCCCAAGUUCUGUUCCUGACAUCUUCAGGUAAGAAGAGGACUACCAGUCAGUGUAGACAAUACUUAGCUAAAUGGGAGAAUAAUCUGCCUCUCUGUAUAGGACACUUUUCUGUGGUUGUAAUCCCUGUCGCUCUGUCACUGUUCUGUGUGACUUGUUGCCAGUGACUAGCUGUGUUAGGUUGGAAGUCUGCCUGUAAGCAAAGGCCAGCCUAUAUCACUCAAGGCAUCUGAGAGGAAUUAUCAGGAUGAGCUGUAAAUCUUUGAUUAUAAUUUGGAAUAUUUCCUGUUGAGUAAACUUUGUUUGAAUGAUACCUUUGUUCAUUUCUUAAGAGGUAUGCAGAACAUAUUCUGUUCAUAUAGCAAAAAUCCAAACUUAUUUAAAAGUGCUGGUCUUUACCAACAAAGCCUUUCACAAUACCUCAUGGACGAGCUUUACCUCAGUCAUACAUGCCUACCCAGGCCCUCAAGUUAUCAUCAAAGGCCAUCUCCUCUAGGAGAAUUCCAAAGGGUAGCAACAUAUUCCAAAAUAUGUGGAACGGUCUUCCCAGAGAAACUUGCUUAGUGCCAACGCUAACAGAUGAAAACUUUUUUGCAACUAUUCCAGAUGAUAUUUUCGUUGUGUGUGGAGAGGGUACUUUCAUUUAUUAAUUAGUGGCCAUUCACUUUUAGUUUGUCAUUGAUUUUAAACGCUGUAUUUGCAUGAAUUUUAUUGCUGUUAAUUUCCUUGAGACAGCUGUGACAGGUAAAUCAAAUACAUAAAUAAUACUACAGUAUCUCUCUUUUAACAGUGGCCACUCAGACAUGCCUGCUGGGAAGUGAGAGCAUUUCGUUCUCUGCACCUAGUAUUCAGAGUAUGUUGCUGCUAUGAAUGUAAAGGUUCUCUGUCGCUGUUGUGGCUUAUAGCCUCUGAAAGGCCUAUCCAUCAUGAAUUUCCUAAUACUUUUCAUAGCAUUCUAAUCAAGCGGCCAUCAUUGUGUGUUGAUAUUCAUUCCUUAAUUAUGUGUUUUGUCCGGGGCAGGGAAGGAUGCUUCCACUGAUAUUCAGUUUUGUUGGAUAACCCCAGUUCUAGUGUUCUGAGGGACGUUAAUGGCUUCACAAUGUUCAUAGCUUUAUUGACCUCAGUGAUAUCCGCUUCAUUUUUUAAAACUCAGUAAUAGCUGAGUGAUAGUUAUUUCACAUCCUUGGGAAUGUUGUUGUUUUUAAAUUAUUGCUCUGAUUCGAACACCCUCUGUUGCAGCUGCAAGUGACGUCUGCUUGACAAAGUUAUCACCAAGUGACGAUAUGCAGAGACUGUCAGGCUUAUGGUGUCAGCCCUCCUAACACUAUACAGCCAUUCAUUCUUUAUAACGUGAUGGAGCUGGAAAAGAAUGCUGUCGGGGCACUUGCCAAUACUUGUCAAAGGUGUUGCAUAUCACGACAGAUCAUGUUUGGUAUCAUGCCUCCGUGAAAUAAGAAUCCAGUUUAAACUCUGCUUUUAUAGUGUAAAAAUCACAUUUCUCUUUAUAAAUAAUUAUUUGGCUUGUGGGGCAGGAAGUAGCUGUGUGUGGUGAAGUAGCUGUAGAAACCUGGAUGUCUGCCUCCUGAUAUCCUAUUCCUGAAGAAUAUGUAAGCAAGGAUUUAGCUUUGUAACCAAUAGCAACUUCUCCCCAUGUAAUUAUUUAUACACGCUGUAAAGAAAUAGCUUGAUUAUAGCUUGGGAAUAAGUAAGUGUCACAACUCCAAAACACUCUGCUUGCAGUGUGGAUAAGAAAUAAUAAAGCUGAUUCCCGAGUCGAAGUAGUCCCUGAAUAUUAACUACUUCAGUGUUUCUCAACCUUUUUUGGGCCAAGGCACACUUGUUCCAGGAAAAAAAUCACGAGGCACACCACCAUUAAAAAAGUUAAAAAAUUUUAACUCUGUGCCGCCCUAUAUUGACUAUAUAAUUAUGACUGUAAGAAACACUUGCCAAUUGCUGUGUUGGUUGCAAUCUCCUGUAAUAAGGCUUCACAAGCCGCUGAUUUCUCUGCCAGCACAAUCCUUUGCUCAGCAAGUUUCAGGUUGAGCUCAUCCAGCCAGCUUCUUUAAGUUUGUCUAAAACCACCCUCCCGUGGUGGUGGCUGUUGAGAGCUGCGCUCGCUCCGCGUCGUGACCCAGCCGGCUUCCUUUCCGGCGGGUCAGUGUUGGUUAUUGGCGGCCGCCAGGCACGUGACAAUGCAAAUCGCCCUUCUCGUCGCCGCACGUCGCGGCACACCAGCCAGCGUCUAGUGUGCCGCGGAACAGCGGUUGAGAAACACUGAACUACUUACUUUCCCACCAAUGUGCGAGGAGGUAUUGGCUCUGUUUGUCUGUUGUUUAGAUCCAGAUUCUGGAAUGUGUCCCUUUUAUCCACUCUUAAUUUGUGCAAGAGUUGUAAUAGAAUUGCUUCUAGUUUUGUACUGUUAGAUUUUUUUUUAUAGAAACAUGAGUUGCUCAUAUAAAUUGGUGAACGCUAAGAUUAAGAUACCAGAUGUAGAAGUAUUAAUAUUUUGCUGGAUGCAUCAACUUUUUUUUAAAAAAAAAAUAGCCUACCUAUAUUUUUAUUUAUUUACACAAUUUAUAUCCUAUUGACCAAAAUUCAUUAAAAAAUUUAAAACAAUAAAAUAAGGAAUGCAAAGUAAUAUGGCAAGCCAAAAUGGCAAUAGUCCAAUCAAAGAACCAGUUAAUCUCAAAACAGUUUAUAAUUAAAGAUGCUAAAAUUAGCCAAUCUCAAAAGCCCUCAAGGAUAGGAGUUUUUUCCUAGUGCCUCAAAUGUAUCAAGAUCAUCUGCCCAGCCUUUCUGUGGUAGGGCUUUCCAAAGGUGAGAAGCACAACACACUCCUUUUAUUGUUAAAAGUUGAGCCUCCAACACCCCCCUGCUUUGUAGCCGAAUCACUGCAGAUAUGUUUUUUUAAGAAUGCUCACAUCCAUUUAGCCCCCAAGGCUAAAUCAUUGGAAUGCCUAAUGGGGAAGUGUGGGCAAAACCUAAGACUGAGAAAGCAAAAUAACAGCAUGUGCAGGUGAGCACUGUGUUGUACUUGAUGAGAACAUGGCUAUUGUGUCAAUAAAAGGAUUCCAUUUAUGUGAUAAUGUGGGCUGGCCAUAGAUUUCAUAGCCUUCAACUUUCAGGUAAAACAGCAAUUGAAAUAAUGAUAUUUAUAAUGAAACUGAAGGCAUCUGAAGGCAGCCCCGUGUAGGGAAGUUUUUAAUGUUUGAUGUUUUGCUGUUUAAUUUGUUGGAAGCCGCCCAGUGUGGCUGGGGCAACCCAGUCAGAUGGGUGGCAUUUAAUUAAUACAUUAUUAUUAUUAUUAUUAAUUGAGAUUUUGUUCUCCCUGUCCUUUGAAAUGUUUGUGAGCAAAUACUGCUCUUCGACUUAUAUUUGACAUUUAUGCCAGGGCUCUGCUUCCCCUUGUCCCAUGUCUUCAACGUGUGCUCAUGAACUCCUCUUCUAUGAGGUCAGAUUUCCCAAUUUUUGAGGGAUAAACACAGCAGUGUGGGUUCCUUUAAAAAGGAAACCGCACACAUACACAAGAUUUCACAUUUCUUGCCAAAAUACGUGCAAGAAGCGAACCAUUCCUCAGAGGGAAUAUUGUUGAUGCUGGCAUCUUUCCUUCCCUCUCCUCAUCUAUCCUGGAGAAUUGCGCCUGUCGUCAUGACAAUGGACCAUGGUCUUCAACUUUGUUUAGCACUGAAAGGAAACUGUAUAUGAGAAAUUCUGCAUUGCUCUUUAAAUAUUUCCAUUCUGGUGUGUUUGUGGCUCAGUUCUGCUGUCAUCCAAAUGAGAGGCAUCACUGAAACUUAUCCAAGGCACAUUUGUAUCUGCUGUUCCCUUCUCUUUUUUCAGCCCUGUACUUUUCAUGGCACCUGAAUAAACAUUUGCAAAUAUUUAUCAUUUUUUACCUCACCAUUGUGCACUUGAGACAUUUCCCACAACUCCCCUAUGUAAAAUAGAGAGCACGUGCCUCCUUUUUAAUAUAAAUAUGCAACUAAUGUGCCCCAUGUCACCACUGACAUCUGUUAUAUGUAAAGUAGGCAUUAUAUUGCUCACAGAUCAGUCACUUUGUAUCAGCACAUGUUUGCAUGGUGAUCUAAACUUUGCAAUUUAUGUAGAUAGAAAGCAGGGUCUUUUUCAGUAUCGCAUAUGGUAAUAUCAACCCCAUGGGUGGCAGUCAGCUGUGUUUUCCUUGAAGUAGACCCACUGGAAUUGGUGGACCUAUUUUGGUCGUGUUCAUUAAUUUCAGCAAGUGAACUCUGAGUAAAACUUCGUUGAAUACCACCCUAUACUUAGAACUGAAUGGCUUACAUUUGUUUUGUUCUGUUCUGUUGUUGUUGUUUAGUCGUUUAGUCGUGUCCGACUCUUCAUGACCCCAUGGACCAGAGCACGCCAGGCACUCCUGUCUUCCACUGCCUCCCGCAGUUUGGUCAAACUCAUGUUGGUAGCUUCAAGAACACUGUCCAACCAUCUUGUCCUCUGUCGUCCCCUUCUCCUAGUGCCCUCCAACUUUUCCAACAUCAGGGUCUUUUCCAGGGAGUCUUCUCUUCUCAUGAGGUGGCCAAAGUACUGGAGCCUCAGCUUCAGGAUCUGUCCUUCCAGUGAGCACUCGGGGCUGAUUUCCUUCAGAAUGGAUAGGUUUGAUCAUCUUGCAGUCGAUGGGACUCUCAAGAGUCUCCUCCAGCACCAUAAUUCAAAAGCAUCAAUUCUUCGGCGAUCAGCCUUCUUUAUAGUCCAGCUCUCACUUCCAUACAUCACUAUACUGGGAAAACCAUGGCUUUAACUAUACAGACCUUUGUCGGCAAGGUGAUGUCUCUGCUUUUUAAGUUGCUGUCUAGGUUUGUCAUUGCUUUUGUCCCAAGAAGCAGGCGUCUUUUAAUUUUGUGACUGCUGUCACCAUCUGCAGUGAUCAAGGAGCCCAAGAAAGUAAAAUCUCUCACUGCCUCCAUUUCUUCCCCUUCUAUUUGUCAGGUGGUGACGGGACCAGUGGCCACGAUCUUGGUUUUUUUGAUGUUGAGCUUAUUCUGUAGACCUUGUUAAAAUGAAAUGGGCUGGUGGCCCAAAUUCACCACCCAGCAGUUGACAAUAGGACAUUAUGGGGGAAGGGAAGGGGUUUUUUUCCAGCCGGAACUCACCAGAACUCAGUUCCAGCACCUCUCAGGUGGGCACCAUUGCCAUUCUAAGAGAACAAGGGAGGCAUUCAUGGUGAGUUCUAGCACCUCUUUUUCUAGAAAAGGGAAAGGGGGAAGUUGAAAUACACCUUUAGCCAUUGAUUCUUUUUCAAUGAUAUACUUACAGUGAGGAAGGUGACUCUAGUUCUAGCAAGGUAAUCUGUUCUUAAAUGGGUAAAUUCUACAUAAACACCUUGCAAUCUAGGCUCCUCGCCACUGAAGCCACCUGGCUUUAAGUGACUGCAGUGGUUCCAGGAGUAUCUCAGACUACUUGUUUAUUCAGGAGGUGUGUGGCUCCAUCAGGAACAAGCAGAAACCACCCCCUAGUAGUCCCUCCAUUUUGUCAAGCCUCAACUUCAUUUUAUUGGAUAUCACCCAGCCCAUUGCUGCCUCCAGGCAUCCAUCUUGUCAUCUCAAGCACAUGGAUGUUCAAGAUUGUGUGAUUUAGUUCUGGCAUCAACAUCCUGGAAUGUGUCUAGCACAGGCUUAUGAACAAACCAUGUGAUUUGGCUGAUCCCACAGUUGUCAAAGCUGUAAUGUAGAGCUCUGAUUAUACAGACUUUUGUUUAGUAGUAGUGAUCAUAUUGCCCUGGGUCACAUUGCCAUGAGGCUUCAAACAUACCUGCUUGUGGGCACGCAUGGCACCAAAAUGUGAUGCUACAGAUGAUUGCCUGGGAGCUGCCAUCCAGUUUGAAAUUUCUGUCCCGCUCACCACGGCACAUUCCCUGAGUAUUACCACAUUAUCUCACUUGGUUGGCCUUUCUAAAACUGAGAUUAUUACACUAACAAAAAACACACAACCGUCAGAAAAACCACAUGAUAUCUCACAGCCUUCGUGUUAAUUCUGAUUUUGUAAUUUCUGCUGUCUAUAUCUUGCUGGGUGCUUAGAUGCCAGAACAGAGGAAUAAUAUCACAGUGGAGGAUUUGCUCUAACUGGUAUGUGGCAUUUCUGUGUGUGACAAGGAUUAUGGUUUAAACAACUGCUUGCCUUAGAGGCACUGAAUCACUAUUGUGUGGCUUUUUUUCUGCUUCUGAUAAGGAUUACAAUUUAAGCCACUGCAUGCCUUGGAGGCACCAAUUCACUAUAUGUGGUUGUCAUUCCUCUGCUCCUUUCCAUCCUUCAGUUUUCCCGCCAAACUUUAUAAAGAUUGAUUCAGAAAACACCCCACAGCCCAUAUAAACCAUCAACUCCCUUGAAAAAAUCUUUUAGAACAUCCAACCUAACAAUAUGCAGCUUCAUAAUGAGCACAGCUAGGUUUUCGUUAUCACAGGAAUUUAUCAAAGUCAGUAUUUUUAUUUUUCUGUACCCAGACCUGCCUGUCCUAGUUUCCUCUCAAAAAAGCCAUGCUUCUUCCAUUUGAUGACUGUAUAGUAUAGGCCAGUGUUCAGAUUUUUCAGCAUUGUGCAGAGUUCCCUAUGCAAAUAUUUAAAAAUUAACCUGAAGUAUGUGGCCCAUACCCCACCAGGCUCGUGGUAUGUGGCAUACAUUCUUCAGACUAUUUUGGUGGUGAAUAAAUGCCGUGGAAUGCACCCAACUCAGAAGGGAAGAGGAGAAAAGAACAGGCAGCUUAUCCAAUACAUUAAAUGUGAAGGAUGGAGAUUUUAAAAAAUACUGUAGUAGCUUUUGAAAUGAUGCAUUAAUUCCUAAGGUAUCUCCAAAUAAGUUAGACUUUCUAAAGCUGCCAAAAAUGAUUAAGCAGUGGCACUAUAAAUUGUGCAAUGGAGCUAUGAAGUGGAUCCAAGAGUGUGCACAUUUCUGAACAUGUGCCUGUCUUUUAAAAAAAUAAUAAUCGCAACUGCCUUGCAAAACUUCAUUAAAAGGGAUACAUUUGGCAAUUAGAAAUAAUAGCUUUUCGAAGGAGGAAAGUUGCUGGGUUGCAUGUACUGGUUCCCACUGAUUUCUUUUUCGAAACCUAUUGCUCCUGGUUACCAAAGUGCAGUAUUGUAAUUCAUUCAAGCUCUGUUUAGGGACGCAUUCUUCAUUCAUCAAGAUCUCUGUGAAUAGCUGGCUAUGUGCAUUUGUUCGCAAGCCCUUUUGGGAUCCAAGCCUAAGGGACGUGAGGAAGCAAUUUCGUGGGUUUUUCACUACCUCCCCGGCUCUGCACGGAUCCUCAAACAAUCC